UCUAAAAGGAAACAGUAUUUGUUGUCACAUAAAAGUAGCUUUAUAUGUAUCUACUAUCCUGUUAGUGGUAUGGACACGUUAUGAUAUGGACGAGUGAAAUGAAGUUUGUUGCCACACAGAUAUUCCAAAGUCCAUCUGACGGAAACAUUUUAAUUAUGCUGAUUUUACGUGACCUUACUGUCUGUGUAUUGUGUGUCCUUGUUUGCAUUGAUCAUCAUAAAGUUGAGACGAGAAGCGUAAAAAGUAAAAGAGCUAUUUGGAACAUUGCAUAUCAAUUGACCUAUUAUUUUGGAGCGGGCCGAGCCACUGCACUUCUAGACUACGGAUGUUUUUGUGGAUGGUAUGGUAGUGGUACACCAGUCGAUGGAGUAGACCAAUGUUGCAAAGAACACGAUGAUUGCUAUGGUCGUGUGGACGAAUGCUGGCCUAAAACUUGGCCUUACUCAUAUGAACUUCAAAACGGAACAGUCAACUGUCAAAAUCGUGCCAGUUCCUGUAAGGGGAGAAUAUGUAUGUGUGACAAACUGUUUGUAGACUGUCUUCAAAAUAACACGUAUAAUCCUGACAAUCAUGAUGUAGACCAAGAUAUAUAUUGUCAGGGGAGAUAA